AUGGCGAAUCCUUGGAACAAUACCACAUGGCCGCUGCUAAAUGCCGGCGAUGGCAAGGAGUUAAUGAAGUUUUUUGGCUCAAAGGGAACUUCAGAUGGCAAUGAAGGAGACUAUGUGCACUUUGUCAACUCAGCAGGUGUUUUGGUUUAUGUGGAUGACCUUUUGGUGACUGGUAGUACCAUGGAAGCUAUUGAGAUGCUGAGAAGUUACUUACAUAACCUUUUCACUAUCAAAGAUUUAGGAGCUGCAAAGUUCUUUCUUGGGAUGGAAAUCACCAGAGGUACUGAUGGUGUUUUUUUAAGUCAGCAGAAGUACAUUAAUGACUGGCUUCAAGAUGUUCAUUUAGACUGCAGCAGGUCAGUGUCUACACCUUUGCCUUGUGGUCUGUCUUUGGUUGCUAAUCAAGGAGAACCACUUGUUGAGGCAGAGAGAUAUAGAAGGCUUAUAGGAAGGUUGCUUUACUUGAACCUGACUAGACCUGACCUUACUUAUUCAGUGCAACAAUUAAGUCAAUUUGUGACUAAUCCAUGUAUGGAUCAUUGGAAAGCUGCCUUACAUGUUCUGAAGUAUCUUAGAGGAACUUCCCAUAUGGGACUAUUUUACUCCUCCACUUCUUCUUUUAAUCUGCGAGCUUAUGGAGAUGCAGAUUGGGCUGCUUGCAAGGAUUCCAGGCGCUCGGUUACCGGCUAUUGUGUAUUCCUAGGUACUUCUCUUAUCUCUUGGAAAAGCAAGAAACAAUGCACAGUUUAUAAGUCCACAGCCGAAGCAGAGUACAGGGCCUUGAGCAGUACAGUUCAUGAACUUCAAUGGAUCACUUACCUCUCUUCAGCUUUCAGAGUUGAUGUUCCUCUACCUAUUGAUGUCUACUGUGAUAACCAAGCAACCAUCCACAUUUCGAAAAACCCGGUGUUUCAUGAGCGCACCAAACAUCUAGAUAUUGACUGUCAUAUCGUCCGUGACAAAUGCAAGGAAGGUUUUAUUCAUCUUCUUCAUGUUUCUACCUCUACACAGCUUGCGGAUGUCUUUACCAAACUCCUUUAG